GAGAGCCGGUUGGAUAAACAGUGAGAGAGAGUGUAUGUGUGAGAGAGAUAUGAAUGGGAAAGAGUGUAUGGCAGAGAUAAGGCUGGAGGGAAAGUACUGCGGAACCACACAGAGAACCUAAUGGUGAGACACACACACAGAGCGACUGUCUCAGUUCGAGAGACAAGACGUGGGUCAGUUGGAGAGAGUACAUGUCUGUUAGAAGAGGGACAGAGGACUGUUAGUGUGUUACACACAGGAGGGAGGGAGAAGAAAGAGGAGGGGGAGUCUCGGAGUGGGAGAGCGGUUCCCUCACUCACAGACACAAAGCUGCGAGACUGACUGAAGCGGCACAGAGCGAGUGGGAGAGACUGUACUUGUAGCAGAAACUGCUUCAGAGAAGAACUUUACUUAUACAGAGGGAAACCUAUUGAGAGGCCAAUAAAACACAGCACAAGAGAACAUUGCGGAUCAAGGUCUUUGUGGUUGAGCCCAUUGCAUACAUCUCAACAGUGACACGUGUCUGAAUUGCCGCUAUGACCACUGAAGCGCCCCCACAUUCUUACCCCAAACCACCAUUACCAUGGUAACGGUGUCAAAUCAAAAGGACCCAGAGGACCUGGUUUAUAUAGUCCUUGAGGUGGCUAUUGCUAUUCUCUCCAUUCUUGGCAACGUGUUGGUGUGCUGGGCCGUGUGCAUCAACAGCAACCUUCAAAACGCCACCAAUUAUUUUGUGGUUUCGCUGGCAGCUGCAGACAUUGCUGUGGGAGUUCUUGCCAUCCCUUUUUCCAUUGCCAUUAGUACCGGAUUUUGUGCAACAUUUCAUGCUUGUCUGUUUAUUGCCUGUUUUGUUUUGGUGCUGACACAGAGUUCCAUCUUCAGCUUACUUGCAAUUGCUGCUGAUCGCUACAUUGCCAUCCGAAUCCCUCUUAGAUAUAACAGCUUGGUGACCAGUAGGAGAGCGAAUGUUAUUAUUGCAGUUUGUUGGCUGCUGUCCUUUGUUAUUGGACUUACUCCCAUGCUGGGUUGGCACAAAGAGGUUCCUCCAUCUGGAAACACAACUUGCCGCUCUCCUAUGAUAGAGUGCCUUUUUGAAAAUGUGGUAACCAUGGAUUAUAUGGUAUUUUAUAAUUUCUUUGCCUGUGUAUUGGUACCGUUAUUGCUGAUGCUUGGCAUCUACCUGCGAAUUUUUAUGGCAGCAAGACAUCAACUAAAGCAGAUGAAAAUGAAAGCGACAUAUGGAGAACGCUCCCGUUCCACGCUGCAGCGGGAGGUCCAUGCUGCCAAGUCUCUGGCGAUCAUUGUGGGGCUAUUUGCUUUGUGUUGGCUGCCGUUACACAUCAUCAACUGUUUCACCCUGUUUUGUAAAGCCUGUGACCGUCCACCACUCUGGAUUAUGUACAUUGCUAUCCUACUUUCCCAUGCUAACUCUGUGGUGAAUCCACUCAUCUAUGCAUAUCGCAUCCGCGAGUUCCGCCACACUUUUAGAAAGAUCAUUCGUCAGCAUUUGUUUGGUCAGGGGCAACCUUUGAAGACUAGGACAGCCAGUGCAAAAUCAUUGACAUAUUAUGGAGUAGAUGAGGAGACAGGGAUCACCCAAAUUCGUUCCAAUAGCUGCAUUCUGGGUACUCACACCAAUGGAAGCGUUUGUAAAUUAAAGGAGGAGAACCGUCAAAAUGGGUGCCCACCACAACACCAGGAGAAAAGGACAGAGAGUUAUAGAUGUUCUGGUCAAAAAAGGAGAUGAUGGAGAUAUCCUAACUGGGGUAACUCUCGGAAACCUCAAACCGACCCUUUGACUUUGCCUCUGGCCUGAGAUUUGAGGGUGUUUAGCUCUCUUUAUAGACUUGGUUCAAACAGAUAAAUGUUGUUUGAGAGUUUUUAAACUCAAUUUAUUUAUAAAGCUGAAUUUUACAAGUCAUUAUGUUUUAUCCAGAAGACUUGUCACUGUGUUCCAAAUGAGGCAGGUAUGAGCCUAACAGAAUUCCUGUAUCACAUAUUGGACCUGGUGCUGAACUCUCUGAUUUGUUUUAUUGUUUCUUUUCCCCACACUGUAUACUUGUUUUUUAAUAUUGUGUAUUAAAUAUGUGCUCCAGGGAGCUACCUCUA